UGUUGGGUUCAUAUUGUCAUUACUUUUAGGGAUUCUAAUAAAUUUAAUGAUGGCCUGUUGGCCCAAUUUAUUUACCGUUGUAGAUGAUCAUCAAUAUUAUUUCAAGUGAGAUCUGGAGGGACACCAAGGCAGGCGUGCUCUGCAUCUCUGUUUUCUUAUACGAGGGGAAGGGGUUAAAUGUGAUUGGGCAUCCAAGUCUAAAUUAAGAAACAACCUGUUCGCUGAAUUCUAGCAAUUCGUUAAGGCCUUGUUAUUUUAGAGCUUCGCUGUCGAACGGGAGUUGAAAUCGAUUGCGUUUACAGGGAUGGCAGAGGGCCAGGGGACAACUCUUUUUACUCCAUCAUUGGAGGCAAUGGCUCAUGUCAAGUCUGCUGAUGACGAUAUGCUCACCAAGCCAUUUUUGGAUGUCUGCCGACUUGUUUUGCCUGUAAUUGACAAGUUUGGUGCAGCCAUGGCACUUGUAAAAUCUGAUGUUGGUGGGAAUAUAUCAAGAUUGGAGGCUAAGUACAAUUCAGAUCCUUCGACAUACCAUUUAUUGUACAAUAUUGUGCGCAAAGAGGUUGAUGAGAAGACGGCUAAGGGUUCUUCUAGUUGCACAAACGGUCUUCUGUGGUUGACAAGGGCCAUGGACUUCAUGGUAGAAUUGUUUCGCAACUUACUUGAGCAUCCAGAUUGGUCAAUGACUGAAGCAUGUACAAAUUCUUAUAACAAGACAUUGAAGAAAUGGCAUGGAUGGAUAGCAAGCACUAGUUUCACUGUGGCCAUGAAACUUGCUCCAGACAGGAAAAAAUUUAUGGAAGUAAUUGGAGGUACUGGUGACAUCACAUCGGACAUGGAAAAGUUUUGUGCAUCCUUUCCAUUGCUGCUUCAAGAAAACCAUAAAUUCUUGAAAAGUGUUGGCUUGGAUGAUUUGAAAGCUUCUUGAGGAGUCAUUCUCUAGGUGUUGGUUUUGUUCAAUGUUAUUUAAAACAUAUGGUUGAUAUGUUUGGCAGAUAAAGAGAGGCCCAUAUAUUAGUUUGUUGGUGAGUUUGUUGGUGAGAGCAUAUUCCAAAGUUUAAUAAGUGGAAAUAUUGUGUGUCUAGCACCAUUAAUUUACCUCUGGGUUGGUUACAUUGUACCUCAAAUUGUAUCUGCCAUUGUUAAUUUGAAUUUAUUAUAUUCUACUUUGUAUUUUCAUAGCUUAUGCUAUUAUCCCUAAAUAAAAGCUGUGAACUAGUAUCCUGGAAAACAUUCCACCACUUCUUGAUCCUAUGUAGUUGCCUUUCACUGAUGUUUGUUCACCGUAGAACAUCAUAAAUUUGUGAGUAAUGUCAGGAGUUAAAACAUGGAAAAACAGAAUCAGUCUCAGGAGUUAAAACUUGGCAAAACAGAAUCAGUCUAUUUUCUGUGUUGGGGUGAUUUGCCUCUUACCCCUCUAUUGGGACCUGAGUUUGUUUCAGCCCAUUGCUAUAAUUCAUUAUAGUUUAUCGAUUGCAAUA